AGCAGACUUCAUCUCAGUUUCUAUUAGGUAGUACGACGAUCGACGAUUACGUUUCCGCCGUUUCGAAAAUAUGGAUCUUCGUGCACUUUUAUUUUCGAUCUUCGUCCUCUCCGUUAAUUGCCAAUCGAAUUCUAAACAGUUGGUUGAUGAUAACAAUUCAACAGAAGUUCGACAAAAUUCGAAAACGUCUAUUAUUUUGCCAACAACUCUUCAGAAUUUGUGUACAAUAUGCUCUUGUGGUUUGAAUUUCGUGAACUGCACUCAACGAAAUUUGAAUACUUUUGAGGAUAUGCAAUGGCCAGAAAAACCGAUCGUAGAAAUUUCGUUUAAGAAAAAUAAAUUUGUUCGCAUCAAGCCUUUUCCAUCGGUCGUCAUAGAGAAAUUGAUUCUUCGACAAAAUCAUAUUACAACUAUAGACAAUUGCGCUUUCAAAAAAAUUAUUAAUCUUACCGAACUAGAUCUGAGCGAUAAUAUGCUCACGACGGAAAAUUUAAAGCCACAAGUCUUCGAGGGCAGAUUUUCGCCGGAAGCUUACGAACCAUUAUCGAAACUAACGUAUUUAAAUCUCGCCGGCAAUGUGCUUCACGCUUUAGACCAAGAUCUCUUCGAGCAUAUACCUUCGCUUAAAGUGUUAAUUCUUAAUGAGAAUCCAUUGAAAAUGAUAGAAGGUCAUACGGCUCUUGCCUUAAGUAGUCUACCGUAUUUGGAAGAACUUGAUCUCAGUUCUUGUGAUCUGGAUGAACUACCAAAAUAUAUAUUUUAUAAACCUAGAUACCUGAAGAAAUUGUCUUUGAAUAGCAACAGAUUCACUGAAAUACCAUCGGCUUUAUCAAGAGCAACAGCUUUAAAGAUUCUAAGUCUUGACGAAAAUCCGAUAAAGAAAAUCAAUCGAUUGAACGCGUUCCCGCUGAUGCCUAAUUUGAAAGAAUUAAAUCUUUGCUGUAUGCCAGAUCUGAUUGAAAUCGGUAGUGAAUCUUUUGCUAAAUUAACGAAUCUGGAAAUUCUCCGUAUACAGAACUGUCCGUUGUUAAAGAAGAUUGACGAGAACGCCUUAAAGGAGGAAAUGGCCCUGUGGCCGCCUUUGAAGAUCCUCGAUUUAUCGGAUAACGCCCUACGUUAUUUACCGUCGCAACUCGUAGGAAGGUGGGACAGGCUUGAAGAAUUGGAUCUGAUGAACAACGAAUGGAGCUGCGAUUGCGAUAAUCAAUAUCUGAUCAAUUCUUUACUACCACGUCAUGGAAAAAGAUUGAUGAACGAAACAGUGAACGAAUUGAAGUGCAGUACGCCGAAGGAAUAUGCCAAGCAAAAUCUUACGUCCCUAGCGAAUAAAAAAUUACAUUGUUUCGACCUAUACGAAGCUCAUUCGGACAAAGUUGGCGUCUUACACAUCGGGGUUGUAGUCGGCUUAUUGUUCGUUAUCCUGCUCAGCCUUGCGAUUAUCAUUCUCUAUCAACGAGGAUACUUUAUCCUUUGUGGUACUCGAGGAGCAGCAACAUAUUCCCGAGCUUUUUACAAACGCACAUCAAACGAUUAUGACAUUUAGGAAUUUCUAGUAAUUAGUACGAUUAGAAUCUAGUCUAAACGAAAGAGACCUUUUAUACAGAUUAGAAGUUCAUUGUUAUCAUUAAUAUUCAUUAUUUCAUUUAUUCUUAGAUAUCUUAAAUAUUCGAUCGUUGUAUGAUCGUUGAAGGACUUUCUUUUUUAUUUUUUUUAAGGUUUCUCUUCGAAAAACUUGUAUAUGUAUAUGUACGUAUGUCUCUCUCCCUAUCUCUUUCUUCUCUCUCUUUUUUAUUUUUUUUUUUAAUCGUAGAAUAGCUCUCAUGAUGAUCGACGUAGUACAUUCUAAUCAUCGUACCAUUCCAAUCAAUUAUAUAUGUAUCCAAAUAUUUUUAUAUAAUAAAUAAUAAAAAAGGAAAAAA